UCAUUGUCUAACGGCAGCGUAAAACAAUGUUCACGCAACACGGAAGAUCACUAUUUUUUCUACUUUUGGGCCUUUGCGCUUCAAUCGUACCGAGCGUUGCCGCACCUGAAGGCCGCAUUGUUGGCGGCACUACCGUCGACAUUUUCGAUGCGCCACAUUUGGUAUCGCUACGCUACAAGCACAACAGCUCAACACCCUUCAUACAUCGCUGUUCCGGCACGAUUUACUCACAGGAUGUCGUGUUGACCACUGCGCGUUGCGUCAUCGGUUUGACGCGUCAACAAUUGCAAAUUGUGGCAGGCACCAGCUAUCGUUCACAAACUGAUGGUUCUGUUUAUCUCGUCAAUACGACCGUCAUACAUCCGGAUUUCAAUAUUUGGUUUAUCGACAAUGACUUGGCGCUAUUGCAUUUGGAAUUUCCGCUAGCCACAAACAAUUCAAAGGUGAUCAAACCAAUCGAUUUGGCCGCGGCUGUGCCCGCAGCAGGCAGUGCAGCGACCGUGGCUGGUUGGGGUGCUACGGCAGAACAGGCGGCACUGGCAGAGCAGUUGCAGCAAGCGGACGUGCGCCUGAUAAACGAUACCCAGUGCAAGGCGACAUACGGUACGGGACGUAUUAGUGCGGCUAUGUUGUGUGCAGGCGGCGUGAGUUCAAGUGGUAGUGUAAUCGAUGCCUGUCAGGGUGAUGCGGGCAGCGCACUGGUGGCGAACGGCAAUGCGGUGGGUUUGGUGUCGUGGGGAAGUGGCUGUGGACGCGAAGGAUACCCCGGAGUUUAUACGAAUUUAGUGCAUUUCAAGGAAUGGAUUGAAAGUGAAGCCAAUAAGAAAAUUUAAGGCAAAUAAGUGAGGAGAAAAGCCAAAAAUGUUUAUUAGACGUAAUUGAGUUAAUUGCCAACAUUUUAUGAUCACAAAAAUAGAGUGGAACUACAAAUUAGAAAUGUACAACAUAGUUUCUCCAUGCGCUGUAUACUUAUUAAAAUUAAAGAUAAACACAGCUAGAUACACAGGUGCAUAGGUAAAAAAGCAAAUAUUUGAUACGCCUCAAUUGUUUUAUUGACAAGCGACGACGAUUACUUUGGUAUGGUAAAUAUGAGUCGCGCAGGUAU